AUGUCUGGCGAUACUUCGACUCAACGACGCCGUCGUCGCCCUGAUCUCAACAUUGAUACCUCGCCCAAGCACGACUCCAACACCCACGCCGUCUCUCGCGACAAGUCACUGUGCGAUGCAGAUCCCCUAACGCCCCCUGGAAAAUCCAAGACAUCAGCACCGCUUCCCAAAAAGCCAGCACCGCGGGCGCUUAAAGCACCCUCCUACUCCACCCAUAAUGCAGACGACUCCUUUUUAGAGACGCCGACGCCAAUCGACACAGACAUGUCCAAUAAGGAAAACACAAAUCCCGCCUACAGCCGGGCCAGGGACUCCCACGACCUGUCCCUACCCGCUAGACAGGUGACACGCGACUCUUUGAUGACCAAUAUGCUCAUGUCCCUCGACCAAUUUUCUAUGCCAUCUCUUGGAACGAAUGCGAGUGGAAGUGGUACAAUCAGUGGCAACGGCAAAGGCGCUUUGUUUGACGACGCAUCACAAGGCUACGUGUACAACAGCGACGCCGACCCAUUGGCACGAGCGACGGCAGGUCGAGACAGGCGCGCAAACGGACACGGCUAUUCCUACAGCUCCGACUUUGACGGCGCCGACGAUUCCAGCCGAUAUUCUAGCCAGCACUCCCGCGGCAGGAGAAGCAACAGCAGCUCGAACUUUCAGACGAACCUCGGCCGCAUUAACAGCAUUCGCAGCACCCCGGGCACGCCCCGGCACAUGCACUCACGAGGCGGUGGGAAAGGAAGCAAGAGCAGCAGCACAAAUAGCGUCGACGCCGGCUACGCCCAGGUGCUCAGCAGUCAGCGUUGGGCUCACGGAUUCGGCAAACGGUCGUCGAGCUUCGAUUACGGCCACCGGCCCCAAAUAACUACCAAUAACUCCCAACAGGCACCCUGGCACGUCGAGUUCUCCAACACUUUCCUUAGCGACGACUACGACGCGGCACCGACCCCGACUGUUCCUGGCGGUCCGCGUCGCUUUCCCGUCAUCACGAGCCCGACCUUCCCUCCCGUACCCCCUGAACCGAUUGAGCCUCAGGCCCCGGCCCUCGAGCGCAAACGAUCUGCCCGAUCUGCGAAAAGCACAGCAACAAGCCGCAAGACCGAUUCAAAGAGCAAUACCAUGACGCGCGAGUCGAUACCCCAGAACACGCCAACGCCUGAACCCGACUCAGCGCCGGCGCCUCAUAUUGGGUACGAGAAGACGAAAGUUGCCGUGCACGGAGCACCUGCCCCAACACAGCCGCCGUCGCAAACAAAAGAGCGACCGGGGUUCUUCAGGCGAGUGUUUGGCUCGUCUAAGAGUAACGCUGCCAGCAACAAUGUCGAGCCAGCACAGGCCAGUGUCACUGAUACCGAAAACCGGCCCGGCAGCCGCCCCCAGAACGGUGCUAGUCAGGCCAAGUCACAAUCAACCCCUCCCUCGCGAGACACGUCUUCGUCCCAGUCGCACCAGCCUGUACUUCACAAGAAGCCCUCGUCCUUUUUCAGGAGAAGGAAAAAAUCGAAUGCCGAACCACCAGUACCGCCGGUUCCUGCUCCGAGCAUUGAGCCUCCCAUGCCCUCUGCGGUGCCGCCCCCGUUCCUGAUUCCUCCCAGCAAGGACAAGCUGGCCGUCAAGCCAGAACCGAGCCCGGUCAGCAGUCUGCGUAGGGUUAUGAACCCAUAUCUCAAGGGUAGCCCGGUGACACCCAAUGCACCUCACCCAUUCCAAACUACUGCCCAAAAUGCGGAAGCAUCGCCCGAGCCCGAGGUCCGACGCAACGACACCCCGACGCGACCCCCGCCCGAAGUACCACAACCCAUCGGCAAGAGGGACGACUCGUUCUUGAAUCUGGAUGGAUCUGAUGACAACGAGGUGGAGGGUUCAACAAAGUACAAGACAGCAUCGACGGAGAGGAUGAGGAAGGCGAGCAAGGAACUGUUGUCUGCACCGGCUCUAGCACCACCUGUCGUCAAAGAGAAUGCGCACCGCGCGAGAAUGCCGAAGGCCAAUGAAACCGAGGUGGUUGAUUCAGAGGACGAAAAUCGGUCCACACUUGUCCUGCCGCUGGAGGGUGCCCGAUCGGCCAGUAUUCGAUCAGGGUCGACCGGCACAGAGUACAAGUCGGCACUCCAGACACCCAGCGUGACAGUGGAAGACAGCUCAAAGAUGCUCGACUCCAUGAAUGGCAAGCCCCUCGACGAGCCCGAAUUCGUUGUUGGUGACCCGACCGACGAUGACCGGCAAAAAGCACAGAAGAUUUAUGACGGAAACGAAGAUUUCAUCCAGAAGGAAAAGGCGGCGGCUUGGAUGGGGGAAGAAGGCCUUGUUCGACAGCGCACCCUCCAGGCUUACAUGGAAUUGUACGAUUUUGCCAAUAAGAGCGUCGUGCAGGCUCUGCGACAGGUCUGUGAAAGGCUCGUCUUCCGAGCGGAGACGCAGCAGGUUGAUCGCAUUCUGGUUGCCUUUUCGAAGAGGUGGUGCGAUUGUAACCCCAAUCAUGGUUUCAAGGCGUCUGAUUUGCAUCUGGCAGACAUCGAAUUCAAGAUGACCCGCAGCCAGUUUGUCAAGAACACCAUCACAACGAUCAUCCAGGCUGUUGGUGAAGCGGCGCCCAACGCAUUCAAGCGGCCCAGUAUUCUCCCCGAGAAGGACAGUUUACACGCUACCAACGAAGACGUCAGACCUUCUGCUGACGAGCGCUCGAACCGGUUCUCCUUCAAGCCUGCGCCACGACGCGAGCCCAGCGCAGAUGGCGCUGAGGGUGUCGAAAAAGACGAGUGUGGUCCUUUAGUAAAGGCACCUUUCGGCGGCACCAUGCGGGCUUGGGAGGCACAGGUCGAGAUUGUGUUGAAGCUCAUCUACGCGUCGAUCAGGGACGAGCGACUCCCGUUGUUCGGUGCCGAACCGUCACGAAACCUCGGCCCGACCUCCUACAGCAACCUGUCGGUGAUGGGCAUGCUCAAGCGUUCGCCGAGUGUGCUCAGUAAAGCGCCGUCGGAAAGUCACUCGUCUAUCCGCGGUCGCCUUGCCGAGAACUCUCGCACCAACACGGCCCGCUUUGGCUCUAAGAGUAGGUCCAGGCCUCGCCUUGGUCACAAUGGCUUUUCGUCCUCGAGAACCAGUUUCGAUGAUGGCAAUUCCAUCUGGAGUCCGACGCCGUCGUCUGCAACAUGGAGCCGGUAUUCUUUGGGUCGCACACAGGGCAGCAUGUCCAUGGACUCCUUCGGCACACCGUUUCCUCGCGGCGACUACCAGCAAUCGAUUGGAUUCGCGAACGCACUCAGCCAAGCCAUUAUCCGCGAUGAUGCCUCAGGGUUUGGCCCUGCUGCGUCCAUCAUGAGCGACGAGGCCCAUGUGCCCCUUCUCGAAGAUGAAUCCCUUGAGCUGGCUGGUCCCCCUUGGGUCAAGGAGGGCAUGGUCACUCACAAGCACCACCUGGACGGAGUCGCUAAGAAGGCCAAGGACAGGAACUGGACCGAAGUCUUUGCAGUUGUGCAAAAGGGACAGAUGAGUCUUUUCUCCUUCACGGCGAACAAGUCAAUGGGGCGCAAGAGCAAAAUGGCGCGUAAUGCCGCAAAGAGCAGCACUGUCGCAGUCGGCGGUGGUAACUGGCAGGACAACGCGACCAAUCUCGGAACAUUCAGCCUUCGACAGACGCUUGCCUCGGCACUCCCUUCACCUGGUUACUCUAGGACACGACCGCAUGUGUGGGCACUGAGCCUUCCAACCGGUGCUGUGCACUUGUUCCAGGUAGGCACGCCAGAGAUCAGCAAGGAAUUUGUCACGACAGCAAACUACUGGAGCGCGCGCCUCAGCACGCACCCGCUCAUUGGUGGCAUCAGCAACAUUGAAUACGGCUGGAGUGACGCGAUUAUCAACAACGCUCUCGUCACGGCGAUUCACGAAUCUACUGGCGGUGCACCUCCCUCCGGUCGGACGUCUCGUCCUGGAAGCAGCGCAACCGCCAACGCGUCUAAUCCGCCGGCAGCUCGAACAAGUAUGCAGUCGUCGCGUAGCUUCCGGUCCGCCUCCUUCGAUUACCCUUCGGGCUCCUACGGCAGCGGUAACCGCGGCCCCGAGGCAGAACAACUACUCACACUGCUGGCCUAUGUUAAGGGUGUUGAGGACGAGCUUCAGGUGCACAACAGCCUGCGCAGCCCCAUGCUGCUCGCGUUCACACCGCGUGGCCACAAUGCCGGGCGCGCCAUGGCCAACUGGGAACGCAAGAGCUCCUACCUGCUCCGCGAGAUUGUCAAGUUCCGUACCUAUGUCGACUGUCUCCAGCAGGCCGACACGCGGCGCGAGGAGAUCUACAACGAGAGAGACACCGCGCGACGAGCAGCGCUCGGCGACCUGAGCGACGAGGAAGUCGAGGUUGCUGCAGACGGCGAUGCGACGCUAAGAGCGUGA